AUGGCAUCUGCCGAGGCCGGCGCUAUGGCACGGCCGUGGUCCAAAGCUCUCGGGCUUGACCCUACCUCCGCCAAACCGUCCUGGUCGUCUACGCCGAAAUUCUCCGUGCCCUCGGUGCUGCUCCCUCCCGAGGCCGCCAAAUCGCCUUCAGUCCACAAGAUACACAUCCUUGGAGAUGACGAGAGAUCGAGGUUCAUAGCCCAUGCCCUGUCCGGCGUCUACGACUCCGUUGAAAUGCUGGGGUGGAAGAGGAGCUCGCCAUCGCCGUCGGCAUCGCCUUCUUUCUCCUCAAAGUACCGCAACGUCUACAAGUCCCGUCACGGUGACCAGCGCAAGAUGAAGCUUGAGCACGUGUCUGUGACCCCCAAAGCCAUCACCGGAGAUGACAAUUCACACAUCGCCCAGCUGCUCGUAGCCGGCCCGGGACACGAUGCAGUGGAAGCAUUGCAGUCUGUCAAGCACCGCAUCGACAAGGACACGACGGUGUGCCUGAUGACAGAUGGGCUGGGUGUCCUGGAAGAGGUGAGGCAGCGGGUUUUUCGUGGGACCGAAUCGAGGCCCAGCUUCCUCCUUGGCCAUAUGAGCCACCGGCUGGCCCUUAACCGGGGCCAAGAUUCGGUCAGGGAACUGCGGUUCGGGGAGACGCGGCUGACUUGUGCUGAUUUCGGCCGCGACGUAGAAAAGACGGAGACGAGGAUGAACUUUGUCAAGGCUCUGCAGGGCGUCAAGGACCUCAACUCGUCUCUGACGCCUCUCGACAAGUGGCUCCAUUUCAAGCUGCCGUCAGUCAUCCUGGAUUCCGUGGUGGAGCCCGUGUGCGUCCUAUUAGAGAUUCCGUACGGCGGGCUCUUGCGGAACCCUGCUGCCCAACGGAUGAUGCACCGGCUGCUGGCAGAGAUUGUCUCGGUGGUGGAUGCCAUGCCCGAGCUGGAGGGCUCCGCAGCGAUACGCGACUUCAUCCGCGGCAACCGGAUCAAGCAGCUCAUCUACAGCCGCAUCAUGGCGAGGCGCGGCGUCUCUACAGUUGAUCUGGAGCGGCAGAUCCAAAAGGGCCUGCCCACGGACGUCGACUACCUCAACGGCUUCUUUAUACGGCGCGGCCACGAGCUGGGCAUCCAGCUGGCCACCAACGUCAUGAUGAGGGACGUGAUCAAGGCCAAGCACUCGCUGGCCAUUGAGAAGCUCAACUCGUACGUGCCCGUCGAGGAGACGUCGGUGCCCAGCCACUUGUCGUUUCGAUAUCGAACCUUGCCCGCUUCAAGCCGCGGCAAGCUCGUGUAA